CAAGAAGAAUGCGACCAAAAACGAAACCCUCACCAUUCACAGUUAUAAAGUUUAUACUUUUUUUUUUUUUUUGAGUUUUUGAUGAUUUCUUGUACCUUCUUCAACCCCCUUUUCAGUUUUUUCAAUUCUAAGUUAUGUUCUGAUUUAAACAAUCCCCAAAAUCCCAAUACUUUAGCCUGAAUUAACAAUAUUUAAAAAAAAUUCAUCAAGUUGAAGCAAAACCCUUUUUUCUCUCACAUUCUUUUUGUUAUAAUCAACCCUUUUUGCUUCCAGAAAUCUACCUAAAACCAAUAUAUUUUUUUUGGAUUUUUUUUUCUUUUAAAAAAGGCUGAAUAUUGUAUUGGAGGCAUUGGUUCUCCAUGGGAGAAGCCCCGGUGAUUUAUGUUGAGAAUCUAAAAGAUAGAUUUUCAAAUGGAUUUAAUUUAAGAUUCAAAGGCUUUGAGACAUCCAUUGAUGUUGGUGACAAGACAUUUGUGAUUGGUUCCAAUAACAAUGAUUCUAUAUCAUCAAUUGAGGUUCAAAUUUAUGACAAAUCCAAAGGGAAAUGGGUGAUUCCUACUGUGUUAGGAACAGAACCAAAGCGAUAUGAAGGCCAUUCAGCUAUUCUUUUGAAUGAAGAUAGGAUAAUGGUUAUCACCUGGGGUUCCACCCCGGAUGACUGCAUUUGGUUUCUUGAGGUGGAUACUGAGUACGUUAAGCAACAGAAAAAAGCUUCAGGGACUGAAGUCGUUGCAUGGAGUAAGGGUGUGAGGGGUGAUGCCGAGAAACCAGUUGUUAUCAGCGGUCCUUCCGGAGUUGGUAAGGGGACAUUAAUAAACAUGCUUAUGAAGGAAUUCCCGACCAUGUUCGGAUUCUCUGUCAGUCAUACAACUCGCGCACCGAGGAGUAUGGAGAAGAAUGGUGUUCAUUACCAUUUUACCGAGCGAAGUAUAAUGGAGAAAGAUAUCAAAGAUGGGAAAUUCCUCGAGUUUGCUUCCGUUCAUGGAAAUCUCUAUGGAACUAGUACUGAAGCAGUUGAGGCAGUAGCUGACUCGGGAAAGAGGUGCAUUCUUGACAUCGAUGUUCAAGGAGCAAAGUCAGUGAGGGCAAGUUCACUCGAUGCCGUUUUCAUCUUUAUAAGCCCUCCCUCGGUGGCAAAACUUGAGGAGCGGCUCCAUUUAAGGGGAACUGAAACACAGGAGCAAAUCCAAAAGCGCCUCCAGAAUGCCAAGGCAGAAAUCGAGCAAGGGAAAUCAUCGGGCAUCUUCGAUCAUAUAUUAUGUAAUGACCAUCUCGAGAAGUGUUACGAUGAUCUUAAGAAACUCCUUGGAUUAGACGGAACUACCUCAACUAACCCUAAACCAUCAUCUAAAGGGAUCAAUCUACCUUCAAAACAUGCGGCGUCGAAGAUCAAUAAUAAGAUCCUCAUUAAGUCUGAGACUCCAGGAUCGGGAAAUCCAUCAAAGAACUCGAUUGUUCUCGAUGUAUCCUUGCUUAAAGGUGGAGCUCCCAGUCGGACCAGAGGUCUGAACGUUUAUGCCGUCGAUCCAAAUCCAUUUUCAGAUUCCUUAAAUGGGAUUCAUAAACUAAGCUAACAAACGCCAACACUAUUUAGUUCUGACAUGAUUUUUAAGGCUAUCUAUUUAAAACUAUGAUACAAAAGCUCUACUUGUGUUCUAAGAUCAUUGCAUUAUUUGGAUGUUUCUUUUGCUUGUUUAAGAACAAAAAAAAAAAAACAAUGUUUUUGUAAUUGAAUUCAUGGUUGGAUUGAUCAGUUCACUAA